GAGGCGCUCUCAGCGCCGGCAGGAAGCGGAAAAAAAGUAACGAAUGUGUGCGCGCGGCCGCGUGACAGGGGAGCCGGGUCGGGCCGGGCGGAGCGGGCGGAGCGGCCGGGCCCCGGACACUGGACACCGGCGCAGCCUGUAGCACCGGUGUUGCUGUGUAAGAUGAGUGCCUAAAACGUCUACAAGUUGUAAACUUCAGCCCCCUCUUUGUCCCUCCCCACCUCCCACAGCGAGCACCCAACAACAGAAGUCAUGCUUUCUGCUAUUGUAGGCGGAAGUGUGACCAGGGGCCAGCAGUUGCCAACCACCGAAGCUGCCUCCUUUCUCCUGGCCCAGGGGCUGUGCAUCAGACUUCGAAGCAGGAGAGUGACUAGAGUCCCUGUCCCUAACAGGCCAUCGCAGCCACAGGCCGUCCCGCCACCCCACAAGCAUGGGGAGCAAGACGGGCAGAUGUCCGUGUCGGAGGCUGCCUCCCAUCUCCUGACACAGGAGCUUCAGUGUAAGAGAGUUACCAGGACAUCCAUCCAGAGCCAGCCCCCUGACCCAGCACCUGCGCCCCACACCCGAACCCAUAAUCUCAAAUCCAGCGGGAGGACAGUCCGGAAGCUGAACUACCGAAAGGUAGCUAACCUCGGGCUGGUUGCAUCACCGAACAUUGGGAACAAGAGACGGAAUGCCAAACCCAGGAAGAGCGAGUUGCCAGCUGCCGGCGACGGUGAAGAAAAAUCGGAGGCUCGUGCUAACCGCAAGAAGCAAGCGAGUGGAAAGUUGUCUCAGGAAGUUGAAUUGGAGCAGAGAAAGGGAGCAGGGGCUGUAGGGAAGAGCCACUCUGUAGGUCGGCAGAGUAAGCCACAUUCAGUUGUGAAUCCAGGCAGUAACCAGGCCGAUGGUGAAGUGGGACCCGAGACGUGGUCGUCAGCCAUCAGUGAAAGCGUCACUCUGAAGGCAGAGAUUCCUCAAGUCCACAUCCAGCCCUGUGUGAACCCAGCUGGCUUGAGUGGUGAAGAUGACUCGAACUGUAGAACUACCCCGUCGAUUAGUGAGAGAGCAGAAGGUCGCAGUGUGAUGGAUAACUGCAAGGGAGGAGUCCCUGCCAAUGUUCACCGUGAAACACAAUCCGACUCUCCACUGUGCAGCACUGAGCAUUUGUUUACAGCGUCGGCCAAUGAAAUGUGUACAGAAAGUGGAACGAGCAGUGAUGCGUCGGAAGAAACCGCGUGUCCGAAGAUUCCACAACGUGAAGCUCCGGCAAUGCCUGUUGGAGUAGAGAAGGCCAGGAGGGUCUCUGGAGAAAGCAAGAGUACCGGGGAGGCACUUAAAGGGAUUGUGGUACCUCUCCCGGCAGCAGCCUCUGAGAAACAUCUGGGGAUUGAUUCAGUUCACAAAGUGCCUUUAAGAGGUAUAGUGACCAGUGAUGUGCCUGACUGGAUGCCUUCAGCUGCCAUAGCAACCAACCACUUGCUUACAGGGAAUGUUGUGACUGACAAAGUGCUUGCUUGUAGUGCAGCAACCAUUAGGACUCUGGCACACAAUGGGUUGCCUCCAAGUAAAGCACCUGUGGAGGGCGGGGUGACCGAUGAUGCUUUUGCAGAGUGUGGGUCACGCAGCGGGGUAUUGGGAGGUGAGACAGUUGGUCAACGUGGGACUUGUGCUAAUGUAGGAAGAGGCCAGCUGGCUGAUCGAUCAGUGGAUGCAGCACCCAGUGGGUUGACUACAGAGGGGGAGGUGGCCAAAAUAGUACUGUUGGGAGUUGCAACAACCAAUGGUACAGCCAAGAGUGCAUUGAUCGAGGCAUCUUCAGGUCAGACAGAAGCUCUGGGUGAUGUAGUAACCUCGGCCAUGCCCAUUGAAGAUGUGAGAGCCAAUGAAAUGCCUGCUGGGAAUCUGGUGGUCCCUGGGCCACUCGCAGGAGUAGAAACUACUGCAGAAUGUACAACCUUUGAACUUCCAACACAAGAUAAGCUGACUAAUGUACCUACAAUUACAGUGCCCACUCACUUGGCUACUGAAGAUGUAAUCAAGCCAGUACCUUUGGGUGUUGUAGCAGCCAGAUGUAUCCUUCCCAAGAGUGCAGUGUCAAAGCUCUCUCCAGAUGUGACUGUGGAGGGUGGCAUUCCAAGUGAAAGUCCAAAAGGAGAGGCACUGACCAGCGACCAGCUUGGGGAGAGUAAUGCAGCUACUGAUGCUGUAAUGGAGGUUUCCGCAGGAGUUGAGCUGACCAUGGGAGUGUUUUAUGAUGUGGCAACUGACGGGGAACUAAUGGAGAAUGAGUUGGCUGACAUACCUACAGAUGUCACUGGCAUUGCCAUGGAGAUGUACACUGCAGGUGACCCAGCCAUGGAAGGAAGUGUGGCAGUCAAUGAAGCACAUGGCGGCGGACUGCUGCCGGGCAGUGUGCGUGAAGCAGCUGAACCUGCAGGUGAAGGUGAAGAUGUGAUGUAUGAGGUGCUUGCAGAUGGUGAGUUGGUAGACAUACCUACAGACGUAAUCAAUGACUUGACUGAAGAAGAAGCCGAUUACAAAGCUGAGCCCUUAGGAGUUGCAUCAACCAGUGGGGAGAAUGGCUUGUUUGCACUAUAUCUGGAUUCGAUAACCAACAAAAUGUCGGGAUCAGCUAAAGCAGUGAAUUCCUGGGGUAUGACAUCCAGUUGGGUGUUUUCAGGUAAUGAGCUCCUUCAACUUUCACCAGGGUCUUCAGCACUUCUAGAGGAUGAAAAAGUCGGUGUAGUUCCUGCAGAGGGUGUGGUGAGUAGCAACUUCACUGAAGAGAAGCCACUACAUGGUACGGAAGGAUUGGUCGCAGCAGGGCUGACUGAUGCUGUAGGAAGUGAGCUUCGGGCAGCAAGAAAUCCACUGGGAAAGGGGGUUCAGGGCAUGGCGGAAACCCAGGUGUCAGAAUUCUGCAGUGCUCAGACCUUCCCAAACGAGGAGUUUAAAACAUUAACCUCGAAAGGGCAGGAUGUUUGUACCUGCAGUGAAAGUGAUGCAUCGCGUUGUGAAGAUAAAUACCUGAGAGCUGUCGAGCCCAGUGAAUGUGAGACCGAGACCGUUCCAUCACCGGUUACAAACCCAGUGCCCGUGAAGUGUUUGGAACAGAAGGUAAGGAGUGUGGUGGAUAUACGCAAUCAGCAGAUCCUGGAAGAAAAGACGGCGCCUGGUGGAUCUGUAACAGUGCUGGUGAAUGAAGCAGCCGCUAUCUGCUCUGCCAAGAAGGAUGGAUUCAGGUGUAGAAAUAAGAGGAAGGGAUUUGUCAGGUUAAAACUGAGGAAAUUAAACAGCACAGUACAUUUCUUAAAUUGCACUCCGAGUUUGCCCCAACUGGAAAAGUUCUGCCUGAACAGGACUUCAGCGUGCAUGGAAUUUUGCAAGAGGAGGAAUAACUGCAUCAGUUCCGAUUUGGACCACAGGGUCCAACAUGUAGAAGAAAUAAAACCAAAGAAUCUGUCUCUCCUACCGCUUAAUGAUCUAGCACAUCAUAAACUCUGCAAAAAGCCCCCGCUAUUGGAACACUUGUCGGCAAUUGCCAGAGGCUUGCGUGUGCUCUCCAACUGCACAGAAAUACUACAGGAAUUCACUGCACCAUCCAAGCUUGUGUCAGUGGGCGUAUAUAGAAGGCUUCAAACAAAAAGAAUCGAGGAUCUGCAGUUUUGCUUCGGUAGUCAACAAGCGACCUCCUGGGACGUCCUUUGUCACUUAUUGACCCCAAGGAAAGAUCAGCCCAUCGAUGCUCGUGUUUGCAGGAAAGUUCAGCCCUGGCUUUCCUCCAGAUAUUGUAAGCAGUCACUGCAGUUUGGCUGUCCUGUUCCGUCUAAUCUCGACCUGAUUUUGCUUCUUUCCUUCAUCAGUGACGGUGCGAGAUUUGACCAGCACUGCGCGUCUGAAAGGACAAAUUUAUCAAUUAUUCCUCAGCACUGGAGCCAGGACUCACAGGCGCUUUCUCAAUGCCAGACCAUCUGUGGCCAUGCCCUUAGACCGCCCGCUUCACUGGUCAGGGCCGGGAGGUGCCGCUGCCCUUGCUCCAGGUUUGGCCUGCACACUGUUCUAGCACUUUCCUCCCCAGCUUGCUACAGGUUGUGGACAAGGCAGCGCCAUUUUGGAAGGCUGUCGAAUACCCAGCGACCGCUUUUGACUCUGUUUGAAGAGGGUGCAAAGAGACUUAUUCCCCCAGUUCCUUCAGGCAAGCCAGUUAGUCCGCCGUCCUGUAACUUGCCCGGAUUGGUGCCGUGGUGCAGUCAGCACGUUCCAUCUCCCUGCACGUCAACAUCCAACAUCAGUCCUUCAAACAGCUGGAGGCACGGCUGCUUGGCAAACAGUCCCAGUUACCUUCCGCCCUGUUUGCUCACUGGGAACGGAGCCAGUGUGAGUGAAGCAAAGUCGCUGCUACUUCAACAGACCAGUAAGAGAAGUCAUCUCCAGCACCUGAGUUUUGCCUGCAUCGUUGAGCCCUUCCUUGCUUUGCCAGAUCCACCUACCUCAUCUGCAGAAUGCACUGUUGCUGACGCCUUCCCCGCCACCUCGUCCCCCAUCCCCAGCAUUACUUACGCGGAAACUCAACUACACACUGAGCAAAAAGAGGACCGUGCAUCCCCGAACAAGCCUGUCAGCAAAUCGAAGGAAUCGCUGAGGAAGGUCUCCCAAAUCCGAAUCCGGAAAACCAUCCCCAAGCAGGACACCAACCUCACACCCAUGGGGUUGCCCAAACCCAAGCGAUUAAAGAAAAAAGAAUUUAGUUUGGAGGAGAUAUACACUAACCAGAAUUACAAGUCACCAUCUGCACACAGCAAGUACCUGGAGACUAUUUUCGAAGAGCCUGUCCUGAAGAAGGGCUCGUUCGUCUGCACCAGCCUCCAGAAACGCAAGCGUCUUUUAGAGUUCCAAGACUACACGCUUCCCCGCAAGCGACGAACUCACGCCGGAGUGAAGGUCCCGAGCCGUACCCGGGGCAGGAAGGCCAGCACGCGGGAAGAGGAGGUAGAUUCACUGCUCGUCCAAAAACUCACUGAACUGGAAGCCUUCCUGGCUGGAGAGGAUGAAGGCCUCUGAUGGAUGUAACCUGUUGGGGUGUGUCCAGGUCUGUUUUCACUACAGGGGAGGUUGCACUGUGUGCAUACCUCUUUAGGUUUGACUGGGGAAAGAAUAGCGUGGAGUUUGUAGGCUGCUGCAUGCUUUGUUUUAAAUGAGGCAUCACAAAAUGGAGGUGGCAAGUCUUAAAACAGCCUCCUGUGCAAAUAGCACUGCCCCACUCCUGCUGUGAGUGUGCGGAAGAAAGAAUAUUCUACCUUUAUUCAGAAGGCAUUUGUGGAGAAUUACUCAGAACUAAAUGGGACAUCGGUGAGAUGAAAUUCACCUUGCGCUCGCAAUCAAAUGAAGCUGCUUCACCCUCCUACCAACAUUUGAUUUGCUGCAAACCAACUUCUUAUCACUCUUGAGGAGAGAGUGGCUUAAGCAGAGAGCAUCUUUUAAUGUUUACAGGACAGUAGAUCUGAAUUUCACUGGUCUAGGCUGGAUCCGUUGUGCUUUUUAGGGCACCACCUCCUAAGUGUUUUCUAGUUGAGUGUGGUUUGACACAGGAUGGAUGCUGAUAUUUUUUUAUAUACCUAAAUAUCUAGACAACUUGAGCCUGAAGUGCUAAAAGUAAAUAUUCCAAAGUAAAGACUGACUGUGUCUGUGUGCCUGUCUGUCUGUCACCUCCAGAAAUGCAAGUAAAGGUGAAAAUGACCAGCGAGAGGACAACUGAUCAACCUGCAGGCUUUUCCCAGUAAGAAUGACCUUUGGGGUCAGCAUCAGCCUUUAGCUGCGGAGGGUGUGUGUCACCAGAGAGUGGUGCUGCACCACCACGUGGGUCGUGUGUGUGUGUUUUUUUUAAACACUGGCAAAAUGCUUAAUUUGCAUUGGUCAUAUGAAUCAAAUUUACAAUUACUGCAGAUUUAAUUAACUCAGUGCUGUAUUUUGGUAGUGUAUUGGCAAUGACUGACCUAACCAGAGUUAAGUGGAUGUGUAGAUCUCAUUAGUACAAAUGAGGGUUUGUAAUCCAGCAUGCAUGGAAAACUGAGGCAUUUACUGUAUAAACACUGCACCUUAAGUCCUGAAUGCUCACUAAAACAUCAUAAAAUUGCUGCAUUCCCAGCUGUGCCGCGUUCUCCUCCAGAGGUAGUGGAUUGAAGGUUUGACUCUGCCGGUGCUGUACAGGCCACCCUGUUGGAGAUGCUGACAUCUUGGGGUGGGGGUGAGAGAUUUCACAGUUGUAGGAAACCUGCGUCGUGGCCAAUGUUAAAACGUCAGCCAACAGGUGAAGUAGCUGCUGCACUUCUGGCAUUUCUUCAGAGAGAAUGGGCCGGAGCUGUGAAAGGCAUCUCUUAAUCCAAGUGCUUUCUGUAACUGCACGAGCUCUCGCUCUCCCACAUCAAACAAAAGUAUUGUGUCUGAUCAGCCCCACUGUGAGUGGGAGCUUGGCCAGACUGCUUGAAUUAUGCCAGGGAAUUCCAGUAAGAAUGAAUGUGUGCUCCGAUCAAAUGGCCUUCCAGCCUAGGGUCAGCCUUGACUUGUUUAACAACUGUGCUGUGCUGGUACUGUGGGCUGCUGAAUGAAUGAGUUAGAAUAGGACAAGUCUUCUGGACCCUGUCCAUCCACGGGGGUUUCAGGUGCAGGAGAUGGUGGUUCCCUUUCAGGAUACUUGUAAAACUGUCUCCCUGCAGCGAGAUGGUAGGAGAACAGCAGUCGGUGUAAAGCUGGAAUGUAAUUCUCAACUCUGGGGCUUGCUUCCAGCUUAAAGAACUCGCAUUUAUGCAACUGUUGUACUCUGGGAGUGUCCUGGAUCCUUGUGGCCAGUUGAGUGUGGCCACUGAUGUCAUGUGGGAAUGGUGUGCCCAGCAAGGUUCUGCAAGCUGUAACUGAGACAUGACUGAUCACCUGAUCCAAUGACAUUGAAGCAGUAGCUCAGCAUCAAAUGCAAUGAGUUAUAACGUGUGUGGCUGCAGUAGGUGCAAAUUGCUCCAGUGAUAAUUAAUUGUCAUGUGAAAUCUUAAUGCCUUUGCAUCUUUGCAUGCCCUGCACAAGAGAGUACUGAUUGGUCUCGGUUUAGUACCAUUCAAAGGCAAGGUAUCUGAGAGUGCGGCACUCCCUUCCAUACUGCAAGGAACACCAGCUCGGGUAUGUUACAGCCUCUGCGCGCCAGUUGAUGCCAACAGUAUCCUUGCAGUUGUAGACACCUGAUGCUGGGAGAUCCCCACCCUUCCUCUGCUCGGGUGCAAGUUCCAUCUGGUGCAGUCUCUCAGCUGGGGUUGGCUCACUGGGACGGUUGAAUGGUUUACAGAGCAGCGGGAGUUGGGAUUCCCUGAGAUCACCGCUGACCCUUCCUGCAUUGACUCCAUACCUCACUUCCCUGAAUAUCUGAGCACCUGAGCCUCCACAGCCCUCUUGGGGAGAGAAUGCCGAAGGUUCACUCCCUUCUGGCUGAAGAAAUGUCUUCCUCGGUGUUGAAUGUUCAGCCCCUUAUUUUUCGAUUGUGACCUCUGGUUGUAGACAGCCUGGCCAGGUGGAAACCUGUCAAUCCUCAUCAAUUCCUCUUUUAAACAUGAGAGUACGUGUGGAAUGAGAGGAAACCUUUAACGUGAACCAGCAGGUAGCUGCUGAGAAGUGGAACGGACACCUCAAAGAGUCCCUGUCAGGGGACACUUAGUUUAACUGUUACUUCCCUCUGUUGCCAAGUGGGUGGUUGCCAGUGAUGUGAGAUUUCCUCAUUGGUUCUGAACUGAGGUCAUUACCCUUCCUCUCUCCCCAGAUGCUGCCUGACUUGCAGAGUAUUCCCUGCACUUUUACUUUCUCCUCGCAGGCCCCCAGACUCUGUACAGCCUGGGUUGAGAAUGGGAUCACACCUAUUUCUUGGAGGUUUGUUUACAGAACGAUGUCCAUGUGCUCCGGGGGGGGGGGGGGGAAUGACCUGUUCACUCACUCGCACAUCCUGUUAAAGCAGAAGUCUAUUCCACGUCACUGACCAGAGUUUGCAAACUGUCUCAUGAUGCAUCUGGAGCACACCAACACUAACCUUUUAACUUUGUGUGUAGUCUUUUAAAGUACACUGUGAACCUGAUUUUUUUUUUGUUUCAAUAGCAAACAUUUCCUAUUUAAUGUGCAUGAAAUGAAGGCGAGGGCAGUCAAUAGAGUUUAACCAUCUAUAAAGUGCUUCUGUUUACCCCUUGAUGUUUCUCUGCAUCUUAACAUGCCCCAAGUACCCCUGGAGGGAGUCGGAUGUAACCUCUGCACUGUGCACCAGGUUUUGAAAUAACUCUCUGCCUAGUCCCCAGACCUGAUGCCUCCAGGAAUAGUGGUGUGUGUAACUUUCACCCUGCUGUGCUGUUCGUCGCUGCCUUCUGACCUUGCGUGCCCUCUUCAGUUCUGGAACACGCAGUCACUCGAGCGUUUGAAUGAUUGCUGACUGUUUUGCCUCUGGGGUUCUGAGCUGCCUCGCCUGCUGUACCUGUCCAACUGGAGCCGUGAAGCGGGCGCUUUUGAUUCCCAGCCCAGGGAAAAUUGGGGCGAAUGUGAAGUCUCCAGUGCAGAUCAGUUAACACAGCAGAGGUUGGGACCAAGUCUAUGAUGCUCCAACCAAUGCAGAGGCUCCAGUCAUUGGGAACCUUUUCCCACUUGUACGCACGUGCGUCUCUGCUAGAUAUUGUACUCCAUCUCUUUGCUGCCGCCUUAAUGCUGUUAUUGGAGGUUCUGACCUUUGGUUUGAUACCAGGGACAUUAUACCUCGUGGAUAGUGCUGGUUACUAAGUUGGAUUGGUCUUGUUGAUCAGAAUGUCGUGCAUUUGACCAGCUUCUAAUCCAUUAUACCGCUUUAUUGUAAAUGCAAUUAACUGGUACCUUUUGAGUACCUGAGUGAUUUGUGCACCCUCUAUGUAGAUCUUCUAUUGUGUUCUGUUCAAGAGUUCUCCUGUAUAUUUUCGAUGACACUAAUAAAAAUGUGUUUUUU